CAGGCUAACCCAACAGCAGGUCGCGACUUCCCCUGUCAGCUACAGAAGGAACCGGGGUCUGCGAACAGGAGCCGGGAGGAGCGACGCCGAGCUUUUUACCUUUUUAACGUUACACCUUUCAGGAGUCAUUAGGCUACUAAAUAAUUCCUACCUUUGCUUUUAUUUUCUCCACCGAAACGCGACAAGUGCCACUUUGGGACCCACGGGAGAAAGGAUUUUGUGGAGGGUUUUUAAAGCGACUCAUCAGGCGUUUAGUUUGCCAAGUUGCUCUCCGCUCACCUUAACAUGGCUGCAACGACGUGCACCAGGUUUACCGAUGAGUACCAGCUGUACGAGGAGCUGGGGAAGGGUGCUUUCUCUGUGGUGAGACGGUGCAUGAAGAUUUCCACAGGGCAAGAGUACGCUGCCAAGAUAAUCAACACCAAGAAGUUGUCUGCCAGGGAUCACCAGAAGUUGGAGAGAGAGGCCAGGAUCUGCCGCCUGCUCAAGCAUCCCAACAUUGUGCGGCUCCAUGACAGCAUAUCAGAGGAAGGAUUCCACUAUCUGGUCUUUGACUUAGUUACCGGUGGGGAGUUGUUUGAGGACAUUGUUGCCAGGGAGUACUACAGCGAAGCUGAUGCCAGUCACUGCAUACAGCAGAUUCUAGAAAGUGUAAAUCAAUGCCAUGUAAAUGGCAUAGUGCACAGGGACCUUAAGCCAGAGAAUUUACUCUUGGCCAGCAAGUUGAAGGGGGCAGCGGUUAAACUGGCAGAUUUUGGCCUGGCUAUUGAAGUGCAGGGAGAGCAGCAGGCAUGGUUUGGUUUUGCCGGUACACCAGGGUACCUGUCUCCAGAGGUGCUGAGGAAAGAUCCAUAUGGCAAGCCAGUGGACAUGUGGGCCUGUGGUGUGAUCCUCUACAUCCUCCUGGUGGGAUAUCCUCCGUUCUGGGAUGAGGACCAGCACAGACUCUACCAGCAGAUUAAAGCUGGGGCUUAUGAUUUCCCUUCUCCUGAGUGGGACACAGUGACUCCAGAGGCCAAAGACCUGAUCAACAAGAUGCUGACCAUCAAUCCAGCCAAGAGAGUGACUGCCACAGAUGCACUCAAACACCCCUGGAUCUGCCAACGCUCCACUGUGGCGUCCAUGAUGCACAGACAGGAGACUGUGGAGUGCCUGAAGAAAUUCAACGCUAGAAGGAAACUCAAGGGUGCUAUCCUGACUACCAUGCUGGCCACUCGCAACUUCUCAGCCAAGAGCCUGCUGAACAAAAAAGCGGAUGGCAUCAAAGAGUCCAGUGAGAGUGCCAAUACCACCAUCGAGGACGAGGACGUGAGAGCUCGUAAGCAGGAGGUUAUUAAAGUCACCGAGCAGCUGAUCGAGGCCAUCAACAACGGCGACUUUGAAGCCUACACGAAGAUCUGUGAUCCUGGCCUCACGUCCUUCGAGCCGGAGGCCUUGGGCAACUUAGUGGAGGGCACCGACUUCCACCGCUUCUACUUUGAGAAUGCUCUGUCCAAGGGGAAGCAGCCCAUCCACACCAUCCUGCUCAACCCCCACGUCCACCUGAUCGGGGACGAGGCCGCCUGCAUCGCCUACAUCCGCCUCACCCAGUACAUCGACUGCAACGGCAUGCCUCGCACCAUGCAGUCAGAGGAGACCCGCAUCUGGCACCGCCGCGACGCCAAGUGGCAGAAUAUCCACUUCCACCGCUCCGGCUCGCCCACUGUGCCCACCAAUUGAGAGGACCAUCUUUGACUACAAACAUCCUCCAGCCUACAACAGACCCCGCCUACCAAGUGUCCAUCAGAUCCCUCAGCCAAUCCUAGCCCCCGACAGCUAGAGCUCCGCCCCCUCAGUGUGUUGUUUACAUAAUGUCCCUGUAGGACUGAACAUUAUUGUACAUGAUGGAAAAAAAAAAAUACCCAUAGGGGAAAACUAUGUGACAAUAUCAUUUUGUAGUGCGAGUUUGGUGUUGACUCCAGGAGUUUUUUAGAUCUCAGUAUGUUUGAAAUAGAAGUGGUUUCAGACGAGCCACUGGGUGAUUCGUUAUUAAUGGGCUGGUGAAAUAUGUGGAACUUCCAGUGACAGUUUUUCAUUUGAAUAUUGCACAUAUUGAGGACUCACAAGCUUUUGUGAUGUUUUUUGCCUUUUGGCACGAUGACCAAUAUAUCACAUAUCUGCUUUUUACCCAUGUAUCCUUUCAGCGUUGCCAUCUAUUAAAGGCCAGGCCAAGCUUGCUCUUGUUUUGGUGAUGUAUAAGGUUUGGUAAUUGAUGUAACUUGCUCGCUCUUUGCUUAAUCUUUAGCAGUAGCCAAAUGAACUGAGUUGGCUAAUUUAAAAAAAUCUGUUUUCUGGUUUGCCACUGGCACCAAGUAUGUUUACUUUGAAUUUUAACUACAUGUUUAAAAGGGAAAAUCAAUUGAAACAUAUGUUUUAUCAUGUCUGUUUGGAGCUCCAUCAUCAAGAAUGUAUAGACUAUAGACAUACAUAUAAUUCUGUGACUUUUCAGUCAUAUUUUCAUACAGUAAGGAACUAAUUAUGUGAAUUUGAUCAGCUAUUUUGUUGUGUUUACUUUUGAAAUUGUGAUGUUGAUGCCUGUCCUUCCACUUCUUGUUAUUAAUGCUGAUCUUUAAGCCAUUUCAGGUUUGAUUGAGUCCCACCUUGAUUCUAUGUAUGACUGGUGUACGCCAAUGUUUUACGCUGGACAACACUAAAGUAGAGUCCUAAUGCUGCCACUUCCAAGAAAGCCAAAUCCAUUCUGGAAGGGAGUUAGCCAUUCAUUUUUGUCAUGAGGGAAUUUCAGUAAUUUAUUUUUUUAAAGAUACUUUUGGGGGCAUUUUAGGCCUUUUAUUUGACAGGACAGCUGAAGACAUGUAAGGGGAGAGAGAGAGGGGGGAAUGACGUGCAUCAAAGGGCCGCAGGUCGGAGUCUGGCCCGGGAACAAGGGAAUUUGAGUUUUAGCCAGAAUAACUGAGCAUUGAAUCACCGUUUUAGUUCUGUUAUUUGAGUGUCACCGUUAAAUGAAAAGGGAUUGUUGGCAUCACUUAUAUCUAUUUCUAUCUAAUGGUUUAUAUCUGAAAAACAGUUUGGAUUAGGGUGUUGUGAAAUGUAAGCGGGAGAAAACUAAUGGGAAAUCACGGGGGAAGGUUUGGGGAUAUAGUCCCAGGGUGUCCACUGAUUCUUACAUAUUUUACAUAUUGAGAUUUUUUUUUUUGCUUCUGAAAAACAUUCUUUUGUUUAAUCACAUUUGUCCCUCACUCACCACACUUAUUUUUUUUUUUUAUCUUUCUGAGAUGCAUUGACAUUCCAGAUGGGACACUGGUAUGUAAUGUGACCAUGAUGGGACAAUCCUGAUGUAUGUUUUUAGUAUUAUAAUAAAAUGUGUGAUUUCUGCCAAAUGA